UCCUACUUAACGAGCAUAAGUACUAAUGAUGUUAAUAGACUCUGCUCGUAAUAUUAAUUUAUCAAUUUUUUUUUAAUCUCCUACUCUUUUAUCUACAAUAAUCCUCUUGCAGGCAAGCCAUGUCAUCUCUUAUCUCACAAUCUACAGCAACGCUCCUCCAACCUUCCUUCAGUCUAGGACUAGCUAAGUGCAAAAUAUUAGCAGAGCAAAGUGCUGCUACGAAAAAUCUACAUAUUAAUUGAUGCAUUUUUUUUUUUCCUUUUCCCAUGAUGCAUUUCACUGCCGUGGUCGGUUCUCCUGUCUACAACGUGGAAUUGAAGUGAAUGGCUUCCACGACUUUAUGCACUUGUGCCUGUUCCCAUGACCUCCGGCAAUGGAAUAGAGUCAUCAAACUAAGGUUAUCAGAGGGGAACGCCAUGGAGGCCAUCAUCAGAUACACGGAGGCACAAGAGUUGGGCGUAAUCGGCGAUAACUUCACCUUCCCACUCCUCUUCAAAGCUGCCUCCAAUCUUUCAUCCUUGCUGGCAGGAUCUACCCUCCAUGGCCAGGCCAUGAAAUCUGGCUAUUCUCACCAUGCUUUCGUGCAAACUUCACUCAUCAACAUGUACUCCUCCUUUGGCUUCGUAGACCAAGCUCGCCAGGUGUUUGAUGGAAUGUCUCAGAAAGAUAUUGUUGCUUGGAACUCCAUUCUAGAUGCCUAUGCUACUUGCGGACAGAUGGAUGAGUGCAUUAAGCUGUUUGAUUCGAUGCCUCUCAAGGACCAGGUUUCCUUCAACAUCUUGACGUUUGGUUAUGCCAACAUUGGCAAGGCGGAUGAGGCUGAGCAAAUAUUCAAUUCAACUCCCUCGAGAGAUGCUUUCACCUGGAAUUUGAUGAUCUCUUCGUACGUGAAAGCGGGCAGGAUGGAUUUGGCUCAUGGUUUGUGCGACCGGAUGCCUGAGAAGAAUGUUGUGUCUUGGAACACCAUCAUCGCUGGUUACUUGCAGAGCAGGAGCUGCAACAAGGUGCUUGAUUUGUUCUAUGAGAUGCAGGCUGAAGGCUUCAAGCCUAAUUAUGUCACAUUACUGAGUGCCCUCUCUGCAUGUGCUCAUAUGGGGUCUCUGGACAUGGGCAGAGAGAUCCACAUCUGUGCCCAAGAACUUGGACUCUCAUUGAUACCACAUGUGGCAACUGCCCUUGUGGACAUGUACACCAAGUGUGGAAGCAUAGAAGAGGCUCUAAGAGUGUUUUACAAGACUCAAAACAAGGACAUAUAUUGUUGGAACUCUAUAAUCUGUGGCCUUGCCUUGCAUGGUUAUGGCAAGGCUUCGCUCGAAAUUUUCGAGGACAUGCAGAGUAGAGGAAUAAAACCCGACGAUAUUACUUUCAUUGGUCUUUUGAGUGGAUGUAGCCAUGCUGGUUUGGUGAAUGAAGGCUUACAUUUGUUUGAGUGCAUGGAGAGCCAAUACGGGUUGUCGCCCAAGUCGGAGCAUUAUGGAUGUGUGGUCGAUCUUUUGGGGCGUGCUGGCUGCAUUGGCCGUGCUUAUGAGAUUGUGAAGGGCAUGCCUUUUGAGCCAGGGGUGACGGUCUUGGGUGCAUUGCUUGGAGCAUGUAUUGUUCAUAGGAAUGUGGAGGUUGGGGAAGUGGUGGCUAAGAGCAUUGCAGACAGAGGCAAUCAAAUGAGCAGCGGAGAAUAUAUGAUGCUUGCUAGCAUGUAUACAAUGUUUGGUCAGUGGGAAGAAGCGAGGAGAUGGCGAGAGCUGAUGAAUGAGAACUGUGUUACUAAAGAACCUGGUUGUAGUAUGAUUGAGGUCAGUGGCAAGGUUUAUGGAUUCUUAGCAGGUGAUACUACAUAACUCAACUUCUAAUUGUUCAAUAUGAAGGGUUUAUGGAUUCUUAGCAGGUGAUACUACAUAACUCAGACUUCUAAUUGUUCAAUAUGAAGGGAAGUUAUGGGCGGUUAAAAAUUUUGGAUGCA